AUGGAGAUCUUAGAUAGAAAUGGAAAUAUUCAAGAACAGCUUCAGAAACUGCCGUUCAUACCAGAAUGGGAAUUUCCAAGAGAAAGAAUUAGCUUUGGUAUGUAAUUUCUUUUUGUACAAUAAUCGACGAAGAGAAAGCAUCCACGUUGAUGUAAUUCGCAAUAACAAAUAUUUAAAAUGAGGCAAUAUUUUUAAUUAUGGAAUAAUUAAACAUUAUCUACGCCCUGUAUAAUUUAACAUAAACUGUUAAUAUCCUUGUAAACUGACAUAUCUAGAAAAAAGCAAAUCAUUUUCAUAUAACCAGUAGUAGUUUUGAGCGCUUCAAGCUUUCCUUGUAUAUAAGCAGCGUUUGCCAUUGACAUUGAUCAACGAAACAAUAACGAAUAAGUGACUUGAAUGGUGAUUUUUUUCACUGAUGCACAAGUAUUUUUUUUUACUCCUAUACGAACUAUAAAAAAUGACAAUAUAAAAUUGAAAGCAGUGUUCUUUCUAUAAUAAGGUUUAAGUUUUUCCUGUCUCCCAGCAGUUUAGUCUCAGCACAUUGCCUGUAGUUUCGAAAUAGAUUACAAAAUAAUUUUUUUUUUUUCAGCCAGGGAACUUGGCUCUGGACAAUUCGGAAUUGUUUGGUUAGCCGAUGCAAUUGGUAUAUCUGCAUUUCAUCCAAGAGACAUGUUGAGAGAAAGAGAGGGUGGACGAAGGUUCUUAUUCUUCAAUCGCACAACGAAAAGAAACAGCUAUGUCUUUUGUAAAGAAGUAACCCAAGUUGCAGUUAAAGCAAUGAAAGGUUGGAUUUUAAAUUUGUACAAUACCUGCAUGUAUUAUGAUUACUGCUUGUAUUGA